AUGGAGUUAACAAAGAUGGGUGAACGAGUGUUUGCGGCCGAGUGUAUACAGAAACGACGAGUCCGCAAAGGCAAAGUUGAAUACUUUGUUAAAUGGAAGGGUUGGUCUAUCAAGUACAACACCUGGGAACCUGAAGAAAACAUUCUAGAUCAUAGGCUUAUAGAGCAGUUCAAGAGAGAAAGUAGUGGUGGUGGAAAAAGGGGACCAAAGCCAAAGAAGACAAAAGUACAAGAAAAUACUGAAGACACAGGGGAGGGUUCUGAUGAUGAUGAGGACGAAGAUGAUGAAGAAGGUGAAGAGAGUAACAGUUCAGAAGAUGAGUCGAGUGAAGAAAGUGCAGAGGUUACUAAGCAGCGAAAAGACACUCACCGUAGCUCAGCAAGCCCUGCCCGCUCAGACAAAGAAAGAGACAAAGACCAGGAUAAGGGUGGCGGCAGAGAACGGUCCUCACAUUCCUCAAGGUCCACCCCCAUGAAGCGUGGCCCCGGCAGACCACCCAAAAACCCAAGCCACCCUAGCUAUGUUCCACCUUCCAAAAAGAUGAAGCUCCAAACUAGUCAUUCAAAGCUGAAAGCUGCGAAAAAACCUGGGCCUAAGAAAAGACAGUUAAAAGUGAAACCCUCCUCCACAUCUCAGCAGUCAAACCAACAAACCCAGAACAGCAGCAACACCACACACACCAGCGUUGACAGCAGCAAUAAAACUGUGGAGAAGGAGAACAUUUCCAAGAGUGAAAACACCUGUAGCAACCUCAAAGCCAACAGCAAAUUUGAGAACAACACAUCCAGUAAACCCAGCUCUGGGGCCAAAACAGUUGACAAUGGAGUUUAUGACUUUCCCUCGGAUGACUGUGACUCCAACAAAGGAUCACUGUCUAAUAACUUACCUAAAAGAGGGUUGACUGGGAAAAAAUACUGGAUACCACCUAGCUUCUUCAAAGCAGCUGUAGACAGUGUGGUCAUAACUGAUGUGGACUCCUCAGACACAAUGAUCACAGUCAGGGAGUGUUCAUUUCCUAAGGGUUUCUUUAACUAGCUGGAUUCUUACACAGAGAAUACAUUUUCUUUUAGACAGCAUUAGACCAGUACUUUGAUGUGCAUAAUUGUAAAUAAUAGUUGUUCAAGCAUCUUUUGUGUUCAGUGAACUUGAGAAUCAACUGCUGUGAAAGGAUGUACACCAUUUUCCAUUAUUUAUUUUAUUCAUUUAUCUUUGUUUUCAGUGGUUUAAUGUUUCUUAAAUUGUCCAGUAUUUAUCAUUGACUGUUUCUUUUUGUGUUGUCUUGAUCCUUCUCAUGUAUCAAAACAUGUUAAAUAAUUGUACAUUUUUGUGAUCAUUGACCAACACAUGUAACAAAGAUGGAUCAACUUUGGAUAAUGAUUAUCCCUCAGAUUUCAUCAUAUAACAAAGUUAGUCUGUAACUAUAUUAUGACCAUUCAGAGAAUCCAAAUCCCAAGACUCAGUCAUGUAACAGAAGCAAAGUUAGGGCCUUUAGGAGUAACUUUAUCCCAAGAUUCCUUUUAUGUAACAAUUUACAAAGAUAGAGCAGCUUUAGUAAAAUCUUUAUUCCAAUCUUGAAUCAUUUAUAAUCAAUAUGAUUAAUAGUCCUCAUACAUGUACUUACCAUUUGUAUGUUAUCUGAAUAUACAUUUUACAAUGCUGUAAGUUAUGUUACAAAUAAGUAAUUAAAACUAAUUACUAAUUCUAUAAGGUUUUUUUCUUAUGUACAAAAUCUACCAUGAUGAACAGCCCUGUUUAGAUUCAUGCCAUUGUUUAUUAACACAAACUCCAUCAAUGAGAGAUCUUUGAGUUUGUGAACACAACUAAGUUCAUUGACACAUUAAGAAUAAAAAGAUUUAAA